AUGGUAGAUGACCAGUCGGAACCGCCCUUCUGCCGCUUGGUGGACUUCUUCGCGGCGACGUGCUGCUUUGGGUCGACGCCGUCGACCACGGCGUGCGGGGAGCUGCCGUGCAUCGCCCCGGAGAUGGCGCUGGAUGCGUCGUACGCCGCCAAGCCGGCGGAUUGCUGGAGCCUCGGGGUGGUGCUUCUCGAGGCCGCUGGGGGCCUGGGCUCGAUGAGGCUGGCGGUCGGCUGGCUGGAGGACACGGAGCUGGAGCCCGCCGCCGCCAGGAUCCGGAGGUUCUUCUCCUGCGAGGGCAGCUGCGCCCGUGCGCUGGCGGCCAUGGGCGGCGUGCGCAGCCCUGCGGUGCUGGCCAGGCUCUCUGGGCUCCUCGAGCCGGAGCCCACGGCGCGUGCCAGCGCGGGCGCCAUCUGCGGCUCUUCUGAGGCCCCCUGA